GAGAAACGGCGAGCCGCAACAGCCGCCUCCCAAGGUGUCGAACGGGCGCGCCAAGACGGUCCCGGUACGACGUGUAGAAGCCGGAGAGCUUCGACUGGAACUAUGGGUGGAAGAGGCACGGCAGAAGUUUAAUGAACCGGUGGACUCGGAACAUCCACCGUGAGCCUCGGAUCAUCAUCUCUAUCUUCCUGCCGUGUUCGUCUAGUUCACCAUUACCUUCUGAUUUCACUGAAACAUGUUUCUGCUCCGUAUCUCAUAUCUCCAUUUAUCUCAUUCUUGUUUUAGCGUGACCAAUGAUCGAACAUACAUGAUGGAUGAGGAAAUUAGGCACUGUCGUCCGAGUGAGUGGCGCAAAUAUAUAAAAUGGGGAGCGGACGAUUUUUGGGACUCGCAUGGCAUUACAUAGAUCUGGUUCAUAUCUUUUCCUGUCUUUUUUUGCUCGCUUUUUUCUUUCCGUCCAUUGCUGCCUGUCGUCAUUCUGUCACGUUCUUUUCUUCUUUCUCUUCUCUAUUACUACUUAUUUCUCCUCUUUUUCUUUUCUUAUCCCUCUGACUCUCUUCCAUUUUUCUCUCAUCUCUGGAGACAUCUAUUUUUCCCCAAGCAUCUUUCUCCAUUUUCCUCCCCGCCAUUUCCUCAGUGUUCUCAUUUUCAUACCAUUUCCUAUUGUAUUCCGCUCGUCUCCUUUGUUGAGCUCUCUCCAACUACAUGAUCCUAGCAAAUUCAAAUAUCUAGCCACUAGCUACUACACGGUUGCCAGCAUGGUCCCCACCGUCCGGGGAGGGUCUCGAGUCCUGUCCGUAAUCGCUAAUCCUGUCUCCACCGCAUUUCCUUGGCAUAUUCUUGUUUCUCUCAGCGCGUGUGUGUACGUGUUGGCGUCUCCCUUUCUCUCCUUGUUUGGCGGCCUGGGCGUGUUCGGAAUGGGGUUCAGUGGAGGAAGGAUCUUGCCGCCACUUCGGUCGUGCAUGCGUCUCGAAAUCAGCUGAUGAUGAGAUACAGGCGUCCACCUCUCGGAGUCGAGAGCGUCCGCGUCAAUGCGUUUCCACGCCGCCUUCCAUGAAAGAAAGAUUAAAGUUGAUUUGCGGGGUUC